GUCAUUUCAAAUUAUUUGGCCAGUGUUCCAAAAUCCGGCGCGAACGCUGAGCGCGUCCAUUGCUGCGUCCGUGCGCGCAAUAUCGUCAUUACAUAAUUAAAAAAAAAAUAUUACGUCUAUAUAACGAAUAUUAUACUAAAUUUAGUGAUUUUUAAGAACUGUUAGUGCAGUUAUUGUUAUUUUUUCUGCAAUAGUUCGUAUCUUUUAUUUUUGGAUGCGAUAAGUAAAGUUGUAUCAUGGAGAAGCCAACAAUGCAUAUGCUCUCCGUCCAGGAGAAGGGCGGAGAGACAAAGAAGACUAAUCAAUACAUCGCAGCCAUUGCAGCGGCGAUUGGCGCGGUCACAGCCGGAACGAUCUUGGCGUGGACGUCACCAGCGUUACCUCAGCUAGAACCGCCGAAGAACACAACGAAAAAUAUAACGGAACAAGAGAUCGAUAUCUUCUCAAUUAACGAGACUGAAAACAUUAUUGAUCAAAAUUUAACUCAAGUGUUGUUGAAUUCGCUGGGACAACCCGCUGACUUCUUGUUGAACACUACCGAGAGUUCCCUGGUGUCAGCGAUCCUAGCCAUCGGGGCGGCCAUUAGCGCCCUGCCGGUUGGUGUUUUCGCACAAAAAUUCGGAAGACGACCAACGAUUCUUGCACUUGCGGUGCCUUUUCUAUUGAAUUGGCUGCUCACAAUCUUCGCUAAUGGAGCCGGGAUGCUCAUUGCUGCAAGAUUUUUCGCUGGAAUAGCUACUGGUGGUAUAUGUGUAGCAGCACCCAUGUACAUUGGCGAAAUAACUGAGACGUCUAUCCGAGGUGCACUGGGUGCUUUCUUCCAGCUGUUCUUGACAGUAGGCAUCCUGUUCACAUUCGUCGUUGGCGGUUGGACUCAUUGGAGGACACUCUCCAUCAUCUCGGCUAUCUUUCCAAUAUUAAUGGUCGCUGUUUUUUGGUGGAUGCCUGAAACUCCCCAGUAUCUCUUAGGUCAGAACAGGAGACGCGAUGCAGAGAAAGCCUUGAGGUGGCUCCGAGGACCUGACGCUGACCUCACCUCGGAACUUGAAGACAUGCAGAAAGACGUGGAUAAUUCAGCCCGUCAGAAGGCUGGCAUUAUUAGCAUGAUCACCAACCGUGCACCCCUCAUGGCCCUCAUCUGCUCGCUGGGGCUGAUGUUCUUCCAACAGUUCAGCGGCAUCAACGCCGUCAUCUUCUACACCAACAACAUCUUCCAGUCCGCCGGCUCCAACAUCCCGCCCGCCAUCGCCACCAUCAUCGUGGGCGUGGUGCAGACCAUCGCCACCUAUGUAUCCUCCCUCCUCAUUGAGAAAGCCGGUAGACGCAUUCUCCUCCUCCAGAGUUGCAUCAUUAUGGGCAUCUGUUUGAUAGUUCUCGGUACGUACUUCAAGUUGCAAGAGAGCGGUGCCAAGGUCGCUCCCGUCGGCUGGCUCCCAUUGCUGUGUUUGGUCCUCUUCAUCAUUUCCUUCUCCCUCGGCUUCGGGCCCAUACCCUGGAUGAUGAUGUCGGAGUUGUUCGCCGUCGAAUUCAGAGGGACGGCGUCUGGUAUCACCGUCAUCAUGAACUGGUGCCUCGUUUUCAUCGUCACGCUAUGUUUCCCCUUGAUGAAGGACGCGAUCGGUAUUUACAGUUGCUUCUGGUUCUUCAGCGGUUUCAUGAUCAUCUGCGUAUUCUUCGUGUUCUUUUUGAUACCCGAGACGAAGGGGAAGACCGUGUCUCAGAUCCAGACCAUCCUCGGCGGCUCGAGAUCCUAAUUAAAGUUGAUUGAAUUAAAAUAUAUCGAAUACUCAGUUUUGUUUAUGAAAUUUCGUCAAUUUUAUCAAUUAAGCUUUAGUUAUAAGACUAAUAAGUUAAAUAGAUGUGUUCAUAUCAUUUCAUGCGCAAUUUUAUCGUUUUAUGACAUCUUAAAGUAUGAAUCGGUUUCUAGUAGACGUUCGAUUUAUUUAAUUUGUGAUUAACUGUAAGCAAUUUACGACCUUACUUAUAAACGGUGUUUAGCGGGUGUCUAGUCAAACACUGAUUUGUCUCUUUCUGUCAUUAUGGAUUUGACAUUAAAAAGAAUGAAACAGCAUUAACUAAUCAUCCUUCACAACAUUUAUAAGUAAAGCUGUACGUUUUUGAUUUUUUUUAUUAUUAUUAAGUGAAAUAAACGUGCCAAAUAUUUAUUGUAGGCGUCGAUUUUUUUAUUAAUUUAUUCGUGACGUAAUAUUUGAAUGUGAUGUGCAAUAAAUUUAGUAAUAUUGGUAUUUGCUUUUAAUUGUAAUUAGAUUAUUUUACAAUAUUUAAUUCUGCGUACAUUGUUAUAUUUGCGACGAUCAAAUGUUAUUAAUAAUUAGAAUCGGUUGUUAUAUUGUUAAAGUUUA